UGUGGUGCGAGGCCACUAUAAGGCGUACCGUUGGAGAGUAUAAGAGGCGCACCGCAUUGGCACGCUCCUUGAAGCCGAAGACAUUUUCACGCGCUCACACUGCUCUUGCGUCUCUUAUUUCCAUUCAAAGGGGUUUGAAGAUAAACCAGUGAAGUUAAUCUCAUGUUGAAGAUCUUCAAGAAGAAAACAUCUCCCAAAGAUGCUUUGCGGACGAGCAAGAGAGAAAUGGCGGUUGCAACACGAGGCGUUGAACGGGAGAUUGCGUCUCUUCAACUGGAGGAAAAAAAAUUGGUGGCAGAGAUUAAGAAGACGGCCAAAACUGGAAAUGAGGCUGCUACGAGAAUUUUAGCUCGCCAACUUGUACGACUGCGUCAACAGAUAACUAAUUUGCAGGGGAGUCGUGCCCAAAUUAGAGGUGUCGCAACUCAUACACAGGCAUUAUAUGCCAGUACCUCGAUUUCUACUGGAAUGAAAGGAGCAACUAAGGCAAUGGUGGCAAUGAACAAGCAAAUGGCUCCCGCAAAGCAAGCAAAAGUAAUAAAAGAGUUCCAAAAGCAGUCGGCACAAAUGGAUAUGACGAUAGAGAUGAUGUCGGAAGCUAUUGAUGAAACUUUAGAUAAAGAUGAGGCCGAAGAGGAAACGGAAGAGCUCACCAACCAGGUGCUUGAUGAGAUUGGUGUGGAUAUUGCUUCUCAGUUAUCUUCAGCUCCAAAGGGUCGGAUUGCAUCAAAGAAUGCUGCUCCCCCAGUUAAUGUCAAGUCCGAGCCUACUACUGAUGUUGAUGAUCUUGAGAAAAGAUUGGCAUCUCUACGACGACAAAUUCCACGUCUUCUUAAAGGAGCUUUGGAUCUCAAUUCGAUUGCUUCCCGAAGAAUUCGAAUAAUUUCGUCGUUGAAGGAAGGGAAAUCGGAUAUGCAGAGCCAGAUAGUUUGCAGUGGGUGUAGGAGCAAUCUUCUUUAUCCUAGAGGAGCUACAAAUGUUUGCUGUGCAUUAUGCAAUACAAUUACACAAGUCCCUCUCCCUGGGAUGGAUAUGGGUCAACUCAUAUGUGGAGGUUGUCGAACAUUGCUAAUGUAUGCACGUGGAGGAACAAGUGUGAGAUGUUCUUGCUGUCACACCCUUAACCUUGCACCAGCACCCAACCAGAUAGCUCAUAUCAAUUGCGGGCACUGCCGGACAACAUUAAUGUAUCCAUAUGGAGCUCCAUCUGUCAAAUGUGCUAUCUGUCAAUAUGUUACUAAUGUUGGUACGGGCAAUGCAAGGGCUCCAUUUUGCGUUAACCGACCUAAUCAAAUAGCUUCUGCAGGGACCAUGCCAUCUACUUCAACAAGCCAAACAGUUGUGGUUGAGAAUCCCAUGUCAGUCGAUGAGAGUGGAAAAUUGGUGAGCAACGUCGUGGUCGGCAUAACAACAGAUAAAAAAUGAUCCAAAAGGAAUUUUGAGUUUGAUUACUCCAUUUAUUUGAGCACGACGCAAACAAACAACAUACAUUUAUUUUGAUUGCCUGGAAAUUGGUUUGUGUAUAAUAUAUAUAGUACGAGUAUAGCAUGUUGGAAAUGGAGAGGCAUGAACAUUUAAUUUAGGGAAAAUGUGAUGUAUAUUUUUGUGUAUGAGAAAGAUGGAGAGUACAAUGUUAAAAAAAACCGGAUCGGUAUUCGACCGUCAUGUCCGGUUUUAUAAUCCAUGGGAGAGUGUCAUUUUACAUGUGGAUUUUUGGAAGUGAAAAUGUUUGAUGCGUAUUUAGAUUAAUGUUAAAAACCGAACUGGAGUUUGACCGGUUGGUUGAUUUGGUCCGGUUUAUAAA